AUGUUUCGUUUCUGGGGCUCGGAUUCUAGGGGCUGUGAGCAGUCAAUAGAUACCUCACAUGGUGAAUACCGCCACUCCCAUCAGCAUCCGACGCCUUCCCCCACCACGGACUCCGACCCGUCCUCACCCACCACGCACCCUCUGAAAAGAAAGCUGCAGGGCCUUGACGACGCACAGUCGCUGUCGCUAGACUCUGCUGAACCUCACUCCAAGCGCCUCAGGCGCGCCGACGAAGACAGCAUGCUCUACGCCCAGCAAGACCCUGUCGAAUCCAUGCGCGAUGAGAUCCGCCACCACUUCGGCCUCGAGAUUCUUCUCAGGCACGACGAGCUACGCCUGGUCAACCAGGAGCUUGCCAAGUGCCAGAUCGCCCUCGAGCAGCUGCGCCGCUGUCACUUGAUACCCUACCCGGUCAACUGCCCUACUCCCGACCAAAUGCUUCAAGUCACCAAUGGCAAGGGACCUGCGCUCGCCAACCACCCUGCAGAACCUGCUCCCAAAUGGGCGCCGCCAUUUGGCGUCGUUGACGGUCCUUAUGCUCGCCACUACGCCAAGUGGCUCAUUCCUGACUCUUCUUUUGACGGGAUGCAGCCGGAGUGGCAGUUUGCGCCCGAGUUUGCCGCCGCCCGCGCCUCCUUCGCCGAAGGACGCACUACCCGCAACAGCUUCACCGAGACCACCGUCGGCAAGGGUCGCCCCAACCGUGCCAUGUCCGGCCAGCGCCUGCAGUCUCUUUCAAGCGGAUACCCCCAGCCAAAGGACAAGGCCGGUCCUUGCAUCCUGAAGCGCUCCGACGGACAAACUGUUAAGCUUGUCUGCCUAGAUUGCAACCGCGAGAACUUUUCUAGUACACAAGGCUUCAUCAACCACUGUCGCAUAGCCCAUAAACGUGACUUCAAGAGCCACGAAGAGGCUGCCGUCCAGAGUGGCCAGCCUAUUGACGCCGCUCCGGAGCCACGCACCAGUAGCAUCUCCACGCCUGUCGACGACAAGCCUGCCCCUGUUGCCUCUACCUCGGCCUUUGUGCACCCUUUUGCUGCCCAUGACCUUACCGACCAGGAAGCUUACACGGCUCUGCGCAACAGAAUCGCCGAUGCUUUGAAGCUGCACCCUCAAUCCAAGGCUACCGCUGGCCGUGUCGCUAAGCAGCAAAAGAAGAAGACAGACAAGUUCAAGGCUGCCGCUGACGUCCCGUACUUGUCCAAGUUUAUGCGGGGCAAAAAGUUCAACGGCGACCUGUGUGACAUUGUCACCGAUGCCAAGACCAAGAUCUCUCUGGACGAAGUUUCUGGCGAUGAGUCUGACACUGACAGCUCGUUGCCUCGCCUCGGCGCUGACGCCUCUACUGUCCGCACGGCCGUUGUUAUGCGCAUGCCGGCGCACAGCUCUCCCAAUCCCAUGGCGAGACCGCCCAGCUCCAAGGGCCGUCCUGCUCACAUGGAUUUCGUGUCGCCGCCCCAUUCGUCCUCGGCAUCGCACGGCGGGCUGUCGGAUGACGACAUGCCCAUGCGUGAAGACAACCUCAGCCCCAGCACCUUGGUGAGCAAUAAUGCGCCAUCCCUGGUCAGCGAUGAUGGAGAGUAUGACGACUCUGAUGAGGGCUCGUCCGUCUCCGAGGGUAGCGACCACAUGGAAGCUGGCUCUGUCUCUGAUGUCGCUGAGAUUGCCCUUGACGAGGAGCAUGAGCCUCGUCCACUUCGGCGCGGCUCUGGCACCGUCCGACUGCGCAAAGACGACUCCAAGCACGUCACGUUUAUGGGACCCGUGAAGCAAAACAAGACGCAGCAGCGAAAGUCUCGCCGUCUGUGA